AUGGGCUUCCUCCCUGCAGCUUCCUGUUUGUAUCGGCGUUUCGUCAGGGCGCGUCUGCAGAGCCAAGACAAGGAGCAGAGGAAGGACAGAGGAAGCACAGAGAAAGAGAGAGCAGCAGAGAGGGAGGACAGAGGAAGCAGAGAGGACGCACAGAGGAAGCAGAGAGGACGCACAGAGGACGCACAGAGGAAGCAGAGAGGACGCACAGAGGAAGGACAGAGGGAGCACAAAGGGAGCAGAGAGGACGCACAGAGGAAGGACAGAGGGAGCACAAAGGGAGCAGAGAGGACGCACAGAGGAAGGACAGAGGAAGCACAAAGGGAGCAGAGAGGACGCACAGAGGACGCACAGAGGGAGCACAGAGGAAGCACAGAGGAAGCAGAGAGGGAGCACAGAGGAAGCAGAGAGGACGCACAGAGGAAGCACAGAGGGAGCACAGAGGAAGCAGAGAGGAAGCACAGAGGAAGCAGAGAGGGAGCACAGAGGGAGCACAGAGGAAGCACAGAGGAAGCACAGAGGACGCACAGAGGACGCACAGAGGAAGCAGAGAGGGAGCACAGAGGACGCACAAAGGAAGCAGAGAGGACGCACAGAGGAAGGACAGAGGGAGCACAGAGGACGCACAGAGGAAGCAGAGAGGACGCACAGAGGAAGGACAGAGGGAGCACAGAGGACGCACAGAGGAAGGACAGAGGGAGCACAGAGGACGCACAAAGGAAGCAGAGAGGACGCACAGAGGAAGGACAGAGGGAGCACAGAGGACGCACAGAGGAAGGACAGAGGGAGCACAGAGGACGCACAAAGGAAGCAGAGAGGACGCACAGAGGAAGGACAGAGGGAGCACAGAGGACGCACAGAGGAAGGACAGAGGGAGCACAGAGGACGCACAAAGGAAGCAGAGAGGACGCACAGAGGAAGGACAGAGGGAGCACAGAGGACGCACAGAGGAAGGACAGAGGGAGCACAGAGGACGCACAAAGGAAGCAGAGAGGACGCACAGAGGAAGGACAGAGGGAGCACAGAGGACGCACAGAGGAAGCAGAGAGGACGCACAGAGGACGCACAGAGGAAGUACAGAGGAAGCACAGAGGAAGCACAGAGGAAGCACAGAGGACGCAGAGGAAGCUCAGGAAGUACAGAGGAUGUAGGUGCACAGUGACGCAGAGAAAAGAUCAACCUUUCUGUGCGCUAGGGGUGGGAACCUAA